GGUUGAAUGCAAUUAAUACAAAUUAAUCUUUUGAAAAAAUCACAUUUUAUAAGUGAGACCUAUGACAAAUUAUCAUCAACUUGAGUGAUUCAUCGCAAAAAUCGUCGUUCUAUAUACGAAAAAGAUCAAAGAGUUUUUGGUUAGAAUUUUGAGCUGAUGGUGGUGAGGUUUAGCCCUUUUUCUGUCACACUGUCUCAACAAUCUCAUCAUCGUCGUCGCUCUUCAUGUUUCUCUAAACAAGUGACAGUUAGUUGCAGCUAUGGAAUGAAAAGGAAUGAACUUGAAAGACCUCAGAUAUUGUCUUCAGCUUUGGGAAACUCUGAUGGAUCGCGUGUAUUUGUAGUUUCUGAUUUGCAUACUGAUUAUGAUGAGAAUUUGAAGUGGGUGGAGUGUUUGUCAACUGUGAAUUACAAGGAUGAUGUCCUUCUUGUGGCUGGUGAUGUGGCUGAAACAUAUAAAACGUUUUUUGUUACCAUGUCUCUCUUGAGAGAAAGAUUUGAGCAUGUGUUUUAUGUUCCUGGAAAUCAUGAUCUUUGGUGUCGCCGCGAGGGGAAAAAUUAUGUUGAUUCUCUUGAAAAGUUUAACAAAUUGCUUGAUGCUUGUAAGAGAAUUGGAGUUGAGACAAAUGCAAAGGCUGUAGGUGCAUUAGGAAUCAUUCCUUUGUUCUCUUGGUACCAUGAGAGCUUUGACAAAGAGAAGGACAUAACAGGCUAUCGCAUCCCGUCUUUGGAGAUGGCAUGUAAGGACUUCCAUGCAUGUAAUUGGCCCAAUGGACUUUCAAAUGGAGAUAUCUCCCUCUCUUUAUAUUUUGAUGCCCUCAAUGACAAACAAAUGGAAGUGAUAAAGGAGAUUCAAAAGACAUGUGAUCACAUCAUUACCUUUUCUCACUUUGUUCCCAGGCAGGAACUUUGUCCAGAAAAGAGGAUGUUAUUCUAUCCAAAGCUCCCAAAAAUAAUUGGUUCAGAUUCUCUUGAAGAUCGAAUAAGGUCUAUACAUGGUGCUCAUGGAAGGAAGGAUGCAUCUUCUUGUCAUGUGUUUGGUCAUACUCACUUCAGCUGGGAUGCUGUUGUGGAUGGCAUAAGGUAUGUACAAGCACCCUUAGCUUACCCAAGGGAAAGGAAGAGAAGAAUGAUUGGAGGGGAAAAUUGGCUACCAUUUUGUCUUUAUGCUGACAAAAACUUUUCUAAUAGACUCAAUCCUUGUUUUUGGUCUAAUUAUUACUCUGUCAACCCUAGGAAACCUCAUGACACUAAACUUGCUCCUUGGGUGGCUAGAUUUUACAAGAAAAACAAAGUAUAGAUGUAUAGUGUUGAUUAUUUGGCAUUAUUAAGCUGGAUUUAUUUGUUUUUUAGAAAAAUAUAGAGAAACAGUUUCCCUCUAUUUUGUUGUUGUUGGAAUACAUAACAUUCAUUUAUUUAUUAAGAUGAAAAUUGUACUCAAGUGACAAAACUAAAAUUUUCAAAGGUUGUAAUGUAAUAUAUUCGUUUUAUUUUUA